CUGGCAUUAAGACAAUGCCCCUGUGUGUAAGGAGGCAUUGUAAUUCUUUCAGUAAUUGGACGUCUAGCCUCGGCAUUUACCUUGCUGACCUCUAGCCGACCGGGAGCCGUUAUCAGUCAACCCGCCUCUAAUGCCGCCUCCACAAACUCGAGGAAGCUAUAAUGCUGACGCGUACACAUCACAAUUACGUCAAACGUCUUACGCAGCGAUAGCGUACUCGACUGUUCCGCCCAUUUCCUUGCACGCGCGACCCAUUACCUCCCGCACACCUGCUGCCCGCUGCCAUGCCCUGAGUUCCGGAACCUUCGCACCCCAGCUCGAACAUCUUCAAAUUUACCCAUCGUCCAGCAGCGGACCCUGCACCGAUGUGCAACAUCAUCGUCACCAUGGCCACACCUACGCGAGGCACCACCACCAUCACCCCAGCCGCCGCCUCUCUGGCCCCAUUCCUCCGCUGUCCGCACUGUCACCAUCAGUCUCAUCAUCAGCAUCACCAUCACCAGCGGCAGCACCGCCCUCGCCCCGAUCCCCCGCUUCCCAAUCCUCUUCGGGCCCACCGGUGCACGAGGGUCAGGUGUUGGAGCUGGAGUGCGCUCGACUGGCGCUAGAGGGCAAGGGUGUGUGCCUGCUGCCCCCCAGCGGCUACGUGGUGCUGGUGGGGCGCGCGCUGCCCGGGGAGCGGCUGGCGGCGUGCGUGACGCGGCCGCACAAGGGCUACGCCGAGGCUCGCAAGCUGGCCUCGCUGGCCCCCCACCGCGCCGCCGUACCGCCCCCCUGCCCGCUGUACGGCCCCUGCGGCGGCUGCUCGCUCAUGAGCCUGUCGUACAACCAACAACUGGCGGAGAAGCGGAACCAGGUGGAUCAGACGUUGCGGCGAGUGGGGCGGCUGGGAGCCCAGCUGGACGAGCUAGCGGCGGCUGGGG